CUUCCCAUCCCUAUGUGGAUACUUCUCUGUUCUGUGGGCUGGACCCUACAUUCGCAUCCCUGCUCCCUGGGAAGGUCUGUGCUGCAAGCCGGGGGCCCAUACAACGAUUGUCAGGUUUAUAUCCUUUAGAGCCACAAGAUGGGGCGAUGGGACUCUGUACUUUAGGGACUUGCUUUGGAAUGAUGGUCUAAAGAAAAUUUUUGGCAGAGCUGGGAACUGGCGGUCCUAAAGUUGGCUGUGUUUCCAUGGUGUCAGCGGCGGAGCCAAGGGGGCGGGUUCACGCAAGCGCCGAGGAUGCAGGUGGGUGGAUUCUGAGUGGGGGUGCGCAGGCGCCCUGAGAGACAGUGAAGCCGGUGGCCGGUGGCCGGGCGGGACCAACAAAGAUGGCGGUGGCCCCUGCGGCGGGAGACAGCUGGGCGAUAGCUGCGGCUAAAGCUGCAGCCGGGCCCGCGGGGGCGCUGCGCGAGGGUAGUAGGGGGUGGCCCUGAGCUGAGGCCUGACCCCGGUUGGCCUCCCCCGCCGCCUCACUCGGGGACAGGUCCAGCCUGUGGCGUCCACAAUGCCCCAAGCUUCUGAGCACCGCCUGGGACGGACCCGAGAGCCACCUCUUAAUAUCCAGCCCCGAGUGGGAUCCAAGCUACCAUUUGCUCCCCGGGCCCGGAGCAAGGAGCGACGAAACCCAGCCCCUGGGCCAAAUCCCAUGUUACGACCUCUGCCUCCUAGGCCAGGUCCCCCUGAGGAACGGCUCAAGAAACUGGAGCUGGGACGGGGACGGAUCUCAGGCCCUCGUCCCAGUGGCCCACUUCGGGCAGAUCAUGGAGUUCCCCUGCCUGGCUCACCACCUCCAACUGUGGCUCUGCCUCUCCCAUCCAGGACCAACCUAGCCCGUUCCAAGUCUGUGAGCAGUGGGGACUUGCGUCCAAUGGGGAUUGCCUUGGGAGGGCACCGUGGCACUGGAGAGCUGGGGGCUGCACUGAGCCGCUUGGCUCUCCGGCCUGAGCCACCCCCUUUGAGACGUAGCACCUCUCUCCGCCGCCUCGGGGGCUUUCCUGGGCCACCCACUUUGUUCAGCAUACGGACAGAGCCCCCUACUCCCCAUGGCUCCUUCCACGUGAUAUCUGCCCGGCCCUCUGAACCUUUCUACUCCGAUGACAAGAUGGCUCAUCACACACUGCUUCUGGGCUCUGGUCAUGUUGGCCUCCGAAAUCUGGGAAACACGUGCUUCCUGAAUGCUGUGCUACAGUGUUUGAGUAGCACCCGGCCUCUUCGGGACUUCUGUCUACGAAGGGACUUCCGUCAAGAGGUGCCUGGAGGGGGCCGAGCCCAGGAGCUCACUGAAGCCUUUGCAGAUGUGAUUGGUGCCCUGUGGCACCCUGAUUCCUGUGAAGCUGUGAAUCCUACUCGAUUCCGAGCUGUCUUCCAGAAAUACGUCCCCUCCUUCUCUGGAUACAGCCAGCAGGAUGCCCAAGAGUUUCUGAAGCUCCUCAUGGAGCGGCUACACCUUGAAAUCAACCGCCGAGGCCGCCGGGCUCCACCAAUCCUGGCCAGUAGUCCUGCUCCCCACCCAUCCCGCCUUGGAGGGGCUCUGCUAGAAGAACCCGAGUUAAGCGAUGACGAUCGAGCCAACCUAAUGUGGAAGCGUUACCUGGAAAGAGAGGACAGCAAGAUCGUGGACCUGUUUGUGGGCCAGUUGAAAAGUUGUCUCAAGUGCCAGGCCUGUGGGUAUCGCUCCACGACCUUCGAGGUUUUUUGUGACCUGUCCCUGCCCAUCCCCAAGAAAGGAUUUGCUGGGGGCAAGGUGUCUCUGCGAGAUUGUUUCAACCUUUUCACCAAGGAAGAAGAGCUAGAAUCGGAGAAUGCCCCAGUGUGUGACCGAUGUCGGCAGAAAACACGAAGUACCAAAAAGUUGACAGUACAGAGAUUCCCCCGCAUUCUCGUGCUCCAUCUUAAUCGAUUUUCCGCCUCCCGAGGCUCCAUCAAGAAAAGUUCAGUAGGUGUAGACUUCCCACUGCAGCGACUGAGCCUAGGGGACUUCGCCAGUGACAAAGCCGGAAGCCCCGUGUAUCAGCUGUACGCCCUUUGCAACCACUCGGGCAGCGUCCACUACGGCCACUACACAGCCCUGUGCCGGUGCCAGACUGGCUGGCACGUCUACAAUGACUCUCGUGUCUCCCCUGUCAGUGAAAACCAGGUGGCGUCCAGUGAGGGCUACGUGCUGUUCUACCAACUGAUGCAGGAGCCACCCCGGUGCCUGUGACAUCCCUUUUAUGCCCUGGCACCUGUGAAACCCUUUCAACACCCUUAAGCCCCCAGGCUCCCCAUUUACCUCAGAGACGUCUAUUUUUGUGUCUUUUUAAUCGGGGAGGGGGGAGGGGGUGGUUGUACCUCCCAUUAUUUUUUUUAUUAAAAAAUACCCUUUCACCUGGAGGCUCCCUUGUCUCCCAGUCCCAUGUACAGAGCUCCACAGGCCCCUGCCCGUGUACAGCCCCCAGACCCUCUACAGUCUCACUUUUUUUGUGAAUAAAUUUAUUAAAAAAAAAAAAAAA